AUGGACUCCCUCCCCGAAGAAAUCCUCGUCGCCGUCAUGGACAAGCUGGACCGCAAGGCCGACAUGUCCACCAUCCUGAGCCUGCGCGGCGUCAGCCGCAAGUGGCGCCGCGUCGCCACCCCCUACGUCCACAUCGCCGUCCAGAACUACCAGCCCCGGGACGGUGGUCACGCCGACGACGCUCCCUGGAACUGGAACUGGAACUUCCACCCCUCUACCGAUCUCCUCUGCUACCUCUGCUGGAAGCUCUCGCAGAAGCCGCACCUCGCCCGCUUCGUCAAGGAGGUCGCCUCCCGCCCCUGGAAGGACGCCCGCUGGAAAUCCGAGGUUGCCAAGGCCGACUUGGGCGCGCGGUACCGCGGGGCGCUCGCGGGCGUUGUAGGGGCUGCUGCUGCUGCUGUUCCGGACGAUGUGAAGGAUAGUAUUGUCGCCGAGAUGCUGUGCGAUGCGGGCGACGCGCUGCUCGCGUUCGUGCUGAUCCUGUGCACCGACAUCGAAGUCCUCAUGAUCCCGGCUCUCGAUAGGGGAUGCGGGCCGCGGACAAGACAGGUUCUCCGAUGCGCGCACGCCGCGCAGCUCCAGAGUCCGCCGCUGCCGCCGCCGCGGGGGGAUGGCCGCGAAGCUAUUAUGCUCGGCGCCGUCCGACACGUCCAGCUGGGCGACUACGUUAACGGGUUAUGCCUCGCGGACGCUCUGGAUAUCCUCGCCCUGCCGAAGCUGCAGCAUCUCGAGCUGGGCAACUUGGGAGAUACUACCGUCGACGGCAGCCAGCCUUUACCACCCCCCUUACGCCCCAGGGCUCCUCACCACCUGCAGAACCGCGGGCCGGUCGAUAUAACGCUCGAGUCGUGCCGUCUCAGUGGGAAGGGCCUAACCACGCUCCUCGCCGCAUGCGGCCGCCCGCGCUCCCUCUUCGUCAAGAUGCGGACCGGCAACGUGCAGCCCUCGCGAGCGCCGUGUUUCGCCGAGGCGCUCGAGAAGUAUGGCCAGGGCCUCGAGUUCUUGUACCUCGACACGACGGCAUUUGAAGACGGGUUAGCCGGUGCUACCACCACCACCACCGACCCCCAUCCCAACUCCAACUCCGAAACACCCACCACCACCCCAAGCGCCCACUUCCUCCGCGCCCUAUCCACCCUAACCCCCACUCUCCGAUUCCUAGCGCUAUCCCGCGCCGACUUCCCCACGCCCGCGGCCCUAGGAGCCGCGCUACCCGCCUCCCUGCGCGAACUCCUAGUCCUGGAAGUAAACGACUCCUCCGACUCCGAUGACGGCGCAUACCGGAAUCUAGUGCGCGGCCGGGAUACCCCUCGGCUAGAGCGCGUAGUGUUGUGCCAGCGCGCCACGUCUAACAGCGACGCGGGCGCCAUGUACGACGGCUGUCUGCGGGACAGGAAGUUACCUAGCACGCGGGUGUUGGAGAAGAGCUGCUGUACCGUGUUUACGUGGUGCGUGGGCGUAGACGUGGGCGAGUAA